AUGUCUCUGCACGGUUUCCGUCCCAACAGAUCCCUCGAAAGGUCAGGUAAGUCCAAAAAUUAAAAACUUCACUUUUAAUUGUCGCCCACAAAUUUUUCAAUCGCCCGUUGCACAGUGCGUUUAAAGUGCACAUGUAUGAAAAUUUGCACUGUGUAUCGGCAUAGGGUACCGAAGAGGCCUGGGGGAACACCUUAUGCCUCAGGGCAAUAUCGGGCUCAGAAUCGAGACUUCACUUUUAAUUGUCGGGCAGUAUACAUCAAUUUUAAAGCAUAAAUUAAUGAAAAAAGGGCUGAAAUUAACAAAUUAUCACACAAAUUACUAGGACGAUUUUAAUUCACCUCCGGAUCUGUGACAAUCCAGAUAUCCUUACCACCCCGAUAAUGAAAAACAUGGUAUAAAUACUUAGAAAUAGAAAAUUGGGGAUUUAUAUCAAGCAUAUUGCACUGCAGGUUGACGCCAAGUUUUUCCCUGAUGUGUCAAGUUUCUCUCUCCUGAAAAUAAUUAUUUUUAUUUUCUUCACAUAUUGUGCAGCCUGUUUCUCCAUGAAGAUGGACUGAAAAGUGGUCAAGUAAGUUAUUAUUAGCAAGAGGAGGUGUUCUUCUUUCAUUUUAUUCCAAAAAUGUUGAUUUUGUUUCAGGGAAACAUACAGAAUUCAUCCAAUUCGCAGAGCUACUUUUUAAUGACCAUAGAUAAUGUAAGUCCACUUAUUUCGUUUUUUCGACGUGGAGUUACAAAUACAAGCUUAUCUAAGACUUAGAGGAGACGUCACUCUUUCGGGUUGUUAUGUUUUCCAUGCAUAAGAUCCUUCAAAUGUUUCGCUAUAAUCAGAUUAGUGUUUUGACGAGAUAAAGCCACAUUGUUCCUUGAUCAACGCCAGUGAUUCGAGCAGUAAGACGCGACUGUCGAUUUUCAGAGGUUCAUUGAUAAAGUUAUAAGUCUUGAAGAAGGUCAGGAAUAAUGGAUGCCAAGUGCAAAUUGUUUUAAAUGCGAUAUUUUCCAACAAAAAACGAAUAUAACAUAACUCAAUCAACAGACAUUCACACGGCAAAUUCAAACAAAUGGCUAAUACAUCUCAUUCCAAACUUGAUUACCCCAUUCAGAGGGUGUAAACGAGGGCCGACCAUGUCCACUGCGUCCAUUUCUAUCUUCUCCAUGAAGUCUUUGUUGACCAUUUUGAACUUGCUGAAUUUCAGAUGUCCCUGGAGCUUGACCAAAGCUCUGAAUGCGACUUUCAUGCCGUGUUUGGUCUUUUCCUGCUUUAAUGACGACAUAUGGGGCCCUAUUCUUGCCAAUUUUUACAUUUUUAUCUUCUCCGUGACGUCCACUUCCAACUUUAAAACCGUCUCCACAUGGCCUAUUUUGGAUUGUUAGAACAUCUCCAGCCUCUCCAUUAGUUCCAAAAUGUCCUCUUUUCGCCUUUUUCCUGACCUUUUCGCCUUUAUUAUCUUCUCCAUGACACCUAUUUUGGUCAAUUUUACCUAAACUGAUUAUAGCGAAACAUUUGAAGGAUCUUAUGCAUGGAAAACAUAACAACCCGAAAGAGUGACGUCUCCUCUAAGUCUUAGAUAAGCUUGUAUUUGUAACUCAACGUCGAAAAAACGAAAUAAGUGGACUUACAUUAUCUAUGGUCAUUAAAAAGUAGCUCUGCGAAUUGGAUGAAUUCUGUAUGUUUCCCUGAAACAAAAUCAACAUUUUUGGAAUAAAAUGAAAGAAGAACACCUCCUCUUGCUAAUAAUAACUUACUUGACCACUUUUCAGUCCAUCUUCAUGGAGAAACAGGCUGCACAAUAUGUGAAGAAAAUAAAAAUAAUUAUUUUCAGGAGAGAGAAACUUGACACAUCAGGGAAAAACUUGGCGUCAACCUGCAGUGUAUUGUAUAAUAGAAAAAAUCCUUAAAUUAAAUAAAGAAUAAUAUAACCAAGGUGAUUUAUAUCUGGCGGCAUGGUUGGUAUGCGGACGAUUUUUUUCGCAUACAAAAAGAGUUCGGUAGGCCAUAAUGUAGGCAACGAAAAAAUUCAUGACUACUUAUUUUCGAUUUCAGAGGGCCUAAAAAUGGCCUACUAUAAGUAGGUAAGAUUUUUUUCCUGAAACAUGCAUUUGUGAACAAAAAAUUUAUAUAUGCGAAAAAAAUUUACGGCAGUUACAACAAAAAUUUCAUAUGUGUCUCAAACCAUGAACAGCCUAAAUUUUAGUGAUGUAUGCAAAAAAAAUAUGAAACCACUUAUCUCCCCUCAUCUCAAAAAUUUCGUAUGUGUCUCAAACCAUGAACAGCCUAAAUAUUAGAGAUGUAUGCAAAAUAAAAAAUGAGACCACUUAUCACAAAAAUUUCUUAGGUGACUCAAAGCUGGAAAGCCUACAAAAAGUAAAAUUUUAGGGUGUAUGCAAACAAACGAAUGAGAUUACAUAGGGCAAUUUAAAUUUUAUUUUUUUUUUUUUUAUUUUUGAACCGCUCUAACUGUAUUGUUGGACUAGACUAUACCUAUGCUGAUUUGUUACAAGGAAGCAAUCCGUCCGACCGUCUCAAAAUUGCAGAGGAAUCAAUGAAUAAAUGGGGUUUGAUAGCCAAAGCAGACGAGGUUUUAAAAUCUUUCAACGAAGAUAAGAAGACUUUUGGUCGAGUAGAUUUGGAAUUUGCUAAGGAAACAGAAGAUUUGAACACGUACGUUAAGGAUUUAAAAGUCAACCUCAUGGAUCUCUUCGAGAGUAAAGUAAGCUUGAAGUCUUUAAUGUUGUGGAUUAACGUUGUAUUUUUAGAAUGUCCCGCCUCGAGUCAAGGACCAUACGGAAACAAUCUUGUCUAAAUAA